AGAAAUCUCCUAAAUCUCGUGUUGUGAAAUCUUAUCUGUUUCAGAGAGACUUCCUGAUAACUCCUGAUGUUAAACUCUCCACAGUGUGGGAGGAGAAAGUGGAGAUCAGAGCGUUAAUGUGCAUGAGAAAAGGAGGGAGAACCUCAGAGACGGAGAGGAAAACAGAGAGAAAGGUUGUAUUUCUCCUCAGCUGAGGAACACAGUGUUCGAGUCUCGGUCAGUUGUGCAGUCAUGAACGACGUGAAGCUGGCUCUGCUAGGCAGCGAGGGAGCGGGGAAAUCAGCGGUUCUGGUGAGAUUCCUGACUAAACGCUUCAUUGGAGAAUAUGCCUCGAAUACAAAUUCGUUAUACCAGAAAAGGCUCUCGAUCGAUGGCAGACAGUUGAACUUGGAAGUCUUUGAUCCAUGCUCACAGAAUGUGGAGAGUAGAUGCAUCCUGGAGGAACCGGUGGACUGGGCAGACGGCUUUGUGGUGGUGUACACCAUCAGCGACCGCAUGUCUUUCCUCAACGCUCAAAACAUCCUGCAGCAGAUCAGAGAGAGCCGUCGGGAGACCUGUAAAGGAGACAUGGACGUCCCCAUCUGCCUGGUGGGGAAUAAGCAGGACCUCUGUCACAGCCGGCAGGUGAGCGAGGAAGAGGGACGUUCUCUCGCCCUGGAGCACAAGUGCGUCUUUCAGGAAGUGUCUGCUGCUGAGAACUACCUGGACAUCGCCAACCUCUUCACCAGACUCAUACGACACGUCAUGGAGCACAUGAAGCACAGAUUCGAGCGCCGGCGCUACAGCGGCUCGAAAUCCAUGGCCAAACUCAUCAACAACGUGUUUGGGAAGAGGAGGAAGUCUGUCUGAAGCACUUUACCGUGAAAGAACAUGAGAACCUUCAGAGUGUUUGGAGUCUGGAACGUCCCCUAGAACCUGAUGUUAACAGCUAGUGAUGAGAACUCACCUGAGGAGAGGAACCCAGACAGCACUUCCUACUCUCUUCAAACAUUUAGAGCCAUUAAAGCUUCUUCGGUUGUUCCUCUAGGUUAAAGGUUUUGUGUAGAAUCUUGCAGUAGACAGAGAAGAAAUAACAAGUAGAACUCUUUAGGAGGCUAAGAUCCCUUAAUUAAUAAUAAUAUCCCUUAAUAAUCCCUUAAUUAUCCAACAAAACCUUACAGAACCACUGAAGAACCCUUUUUUCUAAGAGUGUACCAAGUACCAAGAGGUUAAAUAUUAAACUCCUGACAGGUUCUAGGUCAUAAAACACUUACCCACUUAAUACACACACUCUUAAAAAAGGUUCUUUAAGGGUUCUUUAAGGGUUCUUUAAGGGUUCUUUAAGGGUUCUUUAAGGGUUCUUUGGAUAAUUAAAUAAUUUAACACUUUGACUCUUCUAGAUCCAGAGGGAGAACCGAAGAAUCCUUCAGGGUUUUAGAUUUUGGAGGAGUGUACGCUGCUGAAUCGCGGUAGCUACACAAGUUUAAACAGAAAGUAAAAAUGAAAUUGAAGAUUAUUUCAAAGCCAUCACAUUUAUUCAUAAAUAAUUUAAACUUUAUUACUACCCAAGAUAAGGACCAUUUUUUCUUCUCCACUGUAAACUACGGCAUGUAGAAACAUUCACAACAGCGUCUGAGUGAGUUCUGUCUGUCUGGAGGAGUGGAGAAGAAUUAAACACCAAUUUAUUUUAAUCUCAUUCAAAAGACUUCUAAAAUAAACCAAACAUCUGAAUUGAACUAUUAAUAAAACAUAUCUGUGUGUAGUUUAAUAAGAUUUAUUCCUAUUAUUAAAAAACUCUAUUAAAUAAAUUGUGUAAUCUGCAGUGAUUUUUGUGAUUAAUAUUUAAUCCUUGGAAGCACAGUGGACAUUUCUGGUCUUUAUUUCUUGCCUAAUUUAGUGAUUCACUUUGAAGUUGUUCUUCUUUUAUCCUGUUAAUGCGGUGGAUUUGUGUUUAAUGAUUUUUAUGAAGUAAUUAUAUAAUUUUAUAAAGGAUUAAACUGCAGUUUGUACAAAAAGGUUUUUG